CUUCAUAGAAAAAUUUAACAACAAGCAUUUGGAUUGGUCAAUUUUCUGUUCAACGACGCUUGUCCAAUCAAAACAAAUGUAAGAUCUCAUGCAGUUCAAAAUGGCGAGCAGAGGAGAGUGUUCUUCGUUGAUUUCAGUAAAACAGUUUAAAGAACAGUUUUUGGAGUUUCUUGAGCCGACACAGUAUGAGAGGAAAAAGGUAGAACUUGAACUUAAAGACAUGGCGAAAGAAAUGAAUGUAGCAAUGGAAAUAGUUACAGACUUGAGUGAAGUGUGUAGUCCAAGCAAUUUAAAGUGUCCAGCGGAUACAGAAGGUCUGGAAUCAAUUGAUAUUUAUAAAGAUCCAAUUCCUGAUGGUGUAGAGCUUCACACUUUGAAGCUGUUGAAAGAAAGGAAAGGACAACUAACUUCACACCGAAAACAAGUGAAUUAUCUUAUAAAGGAAGUACGGCCCUCCAAGGAACCUCAAGCAUUUCAAGAGAUAAAGAUGAAUGAGGUUAUCCUGUCUGUUGCUAUUUGUCAUCCCAGAAAGCAAAACAAAGUUCAAGAAUUCCUUGUGCUGGGAAGUCAGUGUCUUACAGAAAUGCGUGACAAGAUCUUUUGUACAGCCGAUGGCAUGAUACUUGGGGAUCACAGUGAUAAUCCAGACCAGCUGUCUCAAUCAACAGCCAAGGAUAUCUUCAAGUCUGGCUUCUUUUUCAUAGAGGGAGUGUUUUACAAUGACAAACGAGAUCCAGUGUCAAGGGAUUACAGCAAGGUUAUCAUUGACUGGGCUAAAGACCCUCAAAGAAGAAAGUGCCCUGGGCUUGGCUUAUUCACCAGUAAGCGCAUGGAAGAUGUGGUGUUUGAAGACCUAAAGGUCAAGUUAGGAUAUCCAUAUUUAUAUUGCCAUCAGGGAAACUGCGAACAUUUACUGAUUUUUACUGAUCUGAGACUGUUGGAUGUGGAUGAUGAACCGAACCAGAACGAAUACCCACUGCAAGUGUUCAAACAUCGAGGAAAAAGAAUUCGUUGCCGAGUGUGUGAUGUUUACACCGCAAAAUGGGUGACAGUGAACGAUGCCUUGGCAUGCGAGGAACCCUGCUUUUUCUGUGCCACCUGUUUCAAAGGUCUCCACUAUUCGCCAGAUGGCGAGAAAAUCUGUGACUUUCAGGCUUAUCCCGUCGUUGGAGACUUUGAUUGGUGAUCCAGUCUCGUGCUCAGGACACUAACCUCGGAGUUAAACAGCUCAGGAUCACGUGGAAGGUCUUGGAAACGUUAGAAGCUAACCAGUUCCUUCCCUUGAUGGCAAUAAGGAGGCGAACCGGAAGUGAAUCUAUCGAUGAUCAACAUUGGGUCGCAAAAAGGUCAUGCAUCGCCUCGGACAGCAGAGCAGACGGUUGUCAUUCUCCGUUUUAGAAAAGAAUUCUGUUAACAGAUAACAAUGAGAGCAUUCUCUAUCUUGUUUCAGUAAGAUCUCCCGUCCCUUGCCUGCUAUAGCUGACGGAAAAACACUCAUCCUUACUUCUUGUCUGGAUGAGUCGUACAGAAUACCCACACGCUAAAUUUGGAUUUUCCCGUCUGUUAAAUGACUUAAAUGUGGGGAAUAUUGAUUAAAAUUAUUUCAGUUU